UGCUCUUGUCCCUCUCCGCCGCUCACUCGUGCGCGCUGUUGCUGUUACUGUGUCCGCUGUGUCGCACUGCAAAUAAUCGCCCGAUCGACCACGCUCUUCUAUCCGGCCUCUUCGACACGUGCGCGUGCAGAGAUUUUCUGCACUUUCUGCCUGCUGCGCUGUCCUCCACAGCCCUCUGAGAGUCGCGUACUUCACUGUUGGCGACUGCUCCGCUUCAUAACUCUUGGCCUUUGCCAAGUCUACUCUCCAGAAACUCGACCAUCAUGGACGCCUCGUCUGCCCCUCAAACGGUCGCCCAAGCCGUCCAGGCUGCGACGCAACAGGCACAAGCUGCAGCUGCCGCUCCAUCGCCCUCAGUGCAGGCUGCAGUACAAAGCACCCAGUCCUCGGCCAUCGACAACUUGACAUGUCAGUGGCAGGGCUGUGGCGAGCGAUGCGACAGCGCCGAACUGCUCUAUGACCACGUCUGCGAACGCCAUGUCGGGCGCAAAAGUACCAACAACCUCAACCUCACCUGCCAGUGGGGCGCAUGCCGAACGACCACCGUCAAGCGCGACCACAUCACUUCCCAUAUCCGUGUCCAUGUGCCACUCAAGCCUCACAAGUGUGAUUUCUGUGGCAAGGCCUUCAAGCGCCCACAAGAUCUGAAGAAGCAUGUCAAGACACACGCCGACGACAGUGUAUUGAUGAACUCGCCCCAGCAUGGAGCUGGGCGCAGUGGCAAUGGCAGCCUGGGACAACAGAAUGGAAAGCCAACCUCGUACUACGGCUCCAGUGGACACGAAGCGAUGAACAACCCAUAUCCAUCCUACCAGCAAGGCAUGGCUCAAAGUGCCAACGGGGGAUCCUACCCACAGCAAGCGGGCGCACAGUACGCCGGCUAUGGCUCCGUCAGCUACCCCAAUAGCUCCGCCCUCGCCGAUAUUCAGAGCAUGGACACGAGAAGGCGUGCCAUUGAGGCGCUUAACGAUUUCUUGGGCGAUAUAAAGCGCCGCGCCAUCGAUCCUAGCAGCUACUACGAUGUCGGCCAUCGACUCCAGCAGGGCAAUGCCCUCCCUCUCCCGGUGGGUGGUGGAGGUUACAACACUGGCUACAACAACAGCAGUGGAUACAGCGGCGGCGCACCCAGUGGGUUCAAUGCCGCCAGCUUCCUGGACUCGUUCAGCGGUGGUGGUGGCAUGGGAGGUGGCAAUGGUGCUGCUCAUGGGAGCGUCGCGACGCACGGCUACUCGCUGCCACUUCCCAAUGCUCGCACCAAGAACGACCUCCAAGACAUUGACCGCUUCCUCGAGCAGCUUCAAGCCACAGUAUACGAGACUAGCAAAGGAUACGAGACUAGCAACUCAGCCGCUGCGGCAGGCGUGCAGCAGCCAGGCCUUCACACUCAAUUCGCUGGCGACUUUGGUAUGGGUGGCCAUCAGGCUCAAUACCGCUCCAGCAACAGCCCACCACAAUUUGGCAACCAUCUUGGUAGCAGCGGUGUCAUGAGCAGCGGCUCCAGCGUGCAUGGCGUGACUUCGUCAUCAUCUGCGCUCGAUACCCCCGCUCUGACGCCCGCAUCAGUCUCCUCGUACACGAGCUCCGGUCAUUCCCCCAUGAGCAGCCACAGCAGAGCCAGCUUCGGCAGCGUGAGUGGCCAAAUGUACCCCAGUCUUCCGGCUGUCACUGGAAUGUCUGACAUGGGAUCCAACUACCCCACCACGACUUCCGCCCCUGCGUCUGGUCUUGCAUCUGGUUUCGAAGGUCUCGAUGGCCGUCGCUAUAGCGGAGGUCGUCUUCAACGCCAGGCACCAGAUGUCAAGACCGAGGACACAGAGAUGGAGGAUGCGGACGACGGGAGUCGCACGCCCAAGGCUUCGGAUUCCAAGCGGCCGAAGAGCAAGGGUAACAGUAGCAUUGACCCUGCUCUCCGUGGCGAAGAUGGAUCUGGCAGUGAUUCCGUGUCCACUCCUGCUGCACAGUCUGAAGGUGCGGAGGACAAGCGCCAAGAGGAGUGGAUUGAGAACAUCCGUCUCAUCGAAGCGCUCCGUAAGUGGGUCGGUGAUCGACUCAAGAGCGGCGACUUUGAGGAAGUGGACCAGGCUCCAGAAUCGCAAGCGGGUGCCGAGGAGAAGAAGGUCGAUGCCGACAAGAUGGUGGAAGACAAGCUUACAGAAGCAUUUGAGCAACAGCGCCAACAGGAGCAAGCGAGCAAGCAAGAAGAUGCCAAGUAUCCCAGCUUGCCUACUGCAGCUUAAGAUUUGCAGCCAACUUCUUCUGUGAUGGGGCGGCUUGACGAUAUCAACGAGGCGAAGAGGCGUUGUAUGGGAGGAUAUUGAGCGACAGCUCUGUCUCGGAACUGGGUCGCGAUGGUGGCAUUCAUCUCUCUGUGUAUGACUGGGCCUGCCUCUCCAAAAGGCACUGGCGUAUUGUUUUUUUCAAGUACCUACGGAUCAGAUAUCAUUGUGCUUUUUUAAAUGGAAAGUUGUUAAUGUUCUUUGC